AUGGCAGAAGCACAAGACGCCUUUAAUACUCCCCAAAAAGAGAUGCCACACAACAAUGCAACUCCAGUGGAUGAAGCGGCUCAGAUUCGAAACAGAAAUCUAAUUUCUGGUAAUGCUGUUAGCAAUCAACCAGAAACAAUGGAUGAACAAGAUAAUUCGAAAGAACCUUUAGCCGAUUCGCAGGUAGCUACCAACGAAAAUAAUAAAGGUGUAUGGAAUUGGAUUUCUACUGCUGUUGAAAGUAGUAUAGGACUCAAUGCAAGUAGUCUUGUCAAAACUGCCAAAGAAAAUUUAUCUAAUGUUAAAGGCAGUGCAGUUGAAGGUGCUCAAGCGAUCGGGCGCAAUGUUGUUGAAACUACAAAGAAAUCAGUAGAUAUGAUGAUGUCGACAUUAGAUCCUGGACUUUCUGCUAAUCAAAAUGUUGACAAUCUACCCGUCGAGGUUAUUGUGUCCGCAAGGAAAGGCUAUGUCGUGCAGGCAGUGCACGACUCGUUUAAGGAAGUCUUUUAUUAUGCCACUGUAAGUUAUCAACCUUUAGAAACCGUUUUAAAUAUGGCACCACAACCGGUUGGCUUUUCCGCAGGUCUUAAAGCUGCAAAACAAAUGAUUGCUCGUACUAAAGAUGUUAACAAUAAUCGUCCUGACAUAGUGUAUGUUGGUGUCUCAAUCUUUAUUGCUGAAGUGGUACCCGGAAGUUGGUUCGAGAUAACAUGUGUAGCCCUUGAAGAUAUCGCGCAUGAUAUUUGUUUAGAGACUUUCUCUCAGGCUUCCAGAAUUCCUACUGAAUAUGUUUUGAAAGCACAAGAGCAAACACCUGAUGAUUACCCUUUGAGAUGGUCAGGAUUAGCUGUAACUUGUGGGCAUCUGAUUAGGGCUGAUCGUGAUAUUGACGGAGAUUGGCACGAAGAAAUUUUUGGAUUAAGUCUGCACGAAAUUGUUGCUAUAGCAACAUCCGUUUUAGCUGGAGAGUACAGAAAAGCACUAGAAAAUUUAAUAGCUUCAGCCAGAGAAACUGCUGAAGCAAUAAUCGAAACUCAAAUAAACUUAAAGGGUUCAGAUUCAGUUAUUGAAUCGCUCAUCGAAACUGAAGGGAACAUAUAA